UGGGGAACGCGCGGCGCCCCGCCGCUGACUCGGCGGCGGCGUCGGACCGGGAGGUCGGAUUUGCGAAGCUACAUGGCGAGUGCUUCGAGUACUACAUGCAGACCUACUCCAUCGUUCUAGGUCGCCAUAGCCGCCGUCGCAGCAAGGGCCCCGUCGCCGCCCCGCCGGAGGCCGACGACGGCGUCGACGUGGACCUCGGCGCCCUCGGAGCAGGCAUGAACGUCUCCCGCCGCCACGCGCGCAUUUUCUACGACUUCCUGCGCCGCCGUUUCGCGCUUGAGGUGCUUGGUAAGAACGGCUGCCUCGUCGAGGGCGUGCACCACGUCCCCGGGUCCGCCCCCGUCAAGCUCGACUCCCAGGACCUCCUCCAGAUGGGGGACACCAAGUUCUACUUCCUCCUCCCCUCCCGCUCCGUCUUCGACGCCGGCAUCACGCGCCGGUCAUCCGCCGUUCAGCGCGCGAUCCCGCCGCCUCCGUCUGAUGAUGACGAGGAUGAGGAUGAACAUGAAGAGGCCGUGGCAGCGGCGAAGCGUCGGAGGGACGGUUAUAACGGAUCAAAAUCUUACAGGGAAGCAGAUGAUCAACUAUUGCUUCAGUUGGAAGAGAAAGAUGUCAUCUCAUCUGCUGCUACUAUCUUGUCUGAUCUCUGUGGACCUCAGGAAUGGAUUUCUAUAAACAAGCUUCAUGAAGUGAUGUUUGAUAAGUACGGCGGUAUGUGGCACCACAGCAGGGUGCGAAAAUACCUGACAUCCGAAGACUUUGCGGAGGCUGAAACUGACGGCAGGCUAUGGCAUGGACUUGCGUUGCUGCUGAGAAAGUACCCUGAGCAUUUCGUGAUCAACAUUAGGAAAGAGUGAGGAUGGGAUUUACGGCGUUUCCGCAAUCUAGGGAGCCAAAACGAAGAAAGCUACAUAAUAACUAGGAGAAGGGGAGGGCAACAAAUGAAUGAACGGGAGGAAAUCAGGCAAGGCAGGGGCGCCCGCUAGGCCUCACAUAAAUGGGCAGCCCGGCAAAGGAGGGCAGCCUCGCUCGGACGGAGAUGGUCGGUCCGGUCCCCCUCUGCACACCUAUGGAGAUGGAUGGUCAUGGAUGGAUGAUUGAUGCCCUGCGCAAGCAAGCAAGCGGGCGGCAUCAAUGGCGUGUGUUCAAUGCAGCGCAACAGGCACCCCACCAGCGUCCGCAACCCCCCCAACCACCCUUCCAAAUUUCUGGUUGGCGCGACAACGACGACCUGCCAAAGUUAACGCCUGCUCUGCUGCAUCUGCUUGGUACGGGUGGCGGCAGCCCAAAACCGCAUUCCCACUCCCACGUGCGUACGUACUAGAGUAGCAACAAUCCCUAUUGCUCAGACGCCUGAAAUCUCGGGCAUCAUCUGUAGGCGUCCGCCCGUGACGACAUGGCAAGAAAGAAGAUUGAACGCUGUUCGAGUGAAGGACGCGACGACCACCAUAUCCUAUAAUCCUAUUUAUACUAUUAAAUUAUAAUACAACACUCAUGUCACCCAAGUCUUUAUCGAGUGUGACUCUCGACAAAUAAGUCUCGUUAAACUGUACAUCGGC